AUGGUAAAGUGGGAGAACGACAAGAAUGUCUACAUUCUGGGAGCCGCACUGGGCGCACUGAACACAUCCAUCACCAACGAGAUCGCUGAGAGUGUUAUUGCUGGAUGGCCAACCACCACCCUAGGCGAAGCACCCACCCUCCGCGCCGUCAAAGACCAAAUCAAAAACUCUCUUCGUCCUCCUCUGCCACAACCACCGCCAAAAAAGCCAACCGGAGUCAAGAAACCCAGAGCCAGCGCUGCAGCAAAAGGCAAGAACACCAAGAAAAGCAAUAAGAGAACUCGCGAUCAUGACGACAGCGAAGAAGAAGAAGAUGGCGAGGCUGCAGAGGGAGGUGCAGAGGAUGAGGCAGAUGAAGAAGGUCCAGCUAAGAAGCAGAAGGUUGUUGUGAAGCAGGAGCAGGAGGAUGGAGAUGUGGAUGAAGAGGUUUGA